CUAGUUACGGCUCCGAGCCGGCGCUUGCGCGUCCGAGUCAACGACUCGCGACGAGCGCAUGUAAAUAGGCGACUCGCCCAGUUCGUCCGGUUCCGCCUUCUAUCGUUCGUUCGAAGCAACGGCACCCGCAGCGCUCUGGAUCUCAAUCCCAGCGGCUGCGGUGCUUCCCCUCGAUUCAUAGGGCUCCGGUCGAAGCUGAUCUCUCUCCUGGACUCUGCCCUAUUGUUCCUCUCCCGAUCCCUAACUAGGUUUUCCGGGCAUCAGAGAUGGCUUUGCCCACUACAUCCCCUGUACCUUCUCCAAGUCCGCAAGUGAUUGGAAAUGCCUUUGUACAACAGUAUUAUCACAUACUUCAUCAAUCGCCAGAAAUAGUUUUCAAGUUUUAUCAGGAUUCUAGCAUGGUGAACCGAUUGAAUUCUGAUGGACAGAUGAUUUCAUUGACAACACUGCAAGCCAUCAAUGAGAAGAUUAUGUCACUGGACUUUAGAAACUGUUUCACCGAGAUUGAGACUGUAGAUUCACAAAUUUCAUUCCAGAGUGGGUUGCUUAUUGUAGUUACUGGAUCGUUUACUGGACAGGAUAAUAUUCGGAAGAAAUUUGCGCAGUCAUUUUUCCUUGCUCCUCAGGAAGUUGGUGGAUACUUUGUACUGAAUGAUGUUUUCAGAUUUUUGAAUGAAACACAACCAAGGGAACUGAACCACAUAUGGGCUGGUGCUACAAAUGAUGAUGUCCCUAAAACAUCUACUUCUCCUGAAACAGAUUUCAGUACACAGGAGAAUCAUGUACCAGAAUCUCCCCUGUUUGAAGAAGAUACUGGUGAUCAAGAAGUUGUUGACCAAUCAGAAGAUCAAGGAUCUGGUGCUGAAGAUGGUAUUGUUGUGGAUCCUCCUGCUAAUGUAGAUGAGAGCAAUUCACAGCAAGUUUUUGAAGUUUUUACUUUGGGGGCUCAAGAUGAUACACCUAAGAAGUCUUAUGCAUCAAUUGUUAAGGUCAUGAAAGGGAGCCCUUCACCAGUGCCAAUUCAUGCAACACCCGGUGCAAAGGUGGCUCCAGCAAACACAGAGAAACCUGUGGCUGCGCCUGCAUCUGCACCUGUUCACCCCACUGAAACUUCUAAUCCUUAUGGAAAUGAUGAUGCUGAGAAAAGCAACAUCAUUGAAGAGGAGGGCCAUUCAAUUUACAUUCGUAACUUACCCUUGAAUGCAACUGCUGAACAAGUAGAAGAGGAAUUUAAGAAAUUUGGAGCCAUUAAGCCUAGUGGUGUGCAAGUCAGAAGUCAUAAGGUUGAGAGGUACUGUUUUGGAUUUGUUGAAUUUAGUUCCUUGAAGUCCAUGCAAGCUGCAAUUGAGGCAUCUCCAAUCAUGAUUGGUGGUCGUCACGCCAUCAUUGAGGAGAAGAGAACAACAACACGAGUUGUUAAUGGCGUGGUCACCAACAUCGGCAAUGUCAAUAACGGAAGAGGCCGCUACCAGUCGGGAAGAGGGGCGUUCAGAAAUGACAACUUCCGAGGGCGUGGUGCAGGCGGCUUCGGUCCCACUCUUGGCUACAGGCGGAAUGACUUCAGAAACCGGGUCGAGUAUUCUGGCCGCGGUCGGGGGUCAUCUCGUCGCACCGACGAUUAUCAGCAGCGCUCUUUUUACAACAACGGAAAUGGCACGAUGGGAGGUGUCAAAAGCCCCAAGCCAUCUGCUGUUUCAGCAUAGAGUUUCACGUUUCUUCUUUUCAUUCUCAUCUAUGAUUAGGCAAAAACCUUACUGAAGAUAUCCGAUUUUUUUGUCUUAGCAAACUCUACAAAAUGCUACCAUUUUUUUUAGUUCAGUAACUAGAUCAGUCAGUUAUGGUCGUAUCCA